UCACGCGCCGCCCGCAGUUUUUAUACCAUAUUCGAGACGCACGCACGUACAAGUGGAACUAAGUGCCAAGAGUAACAUGUCGCGGUAUUUUGCGUUUUUCGCGUUACUCGCGCUCGCGGCCGCCUACCCCGCGAGCGACGACGUCCCUCGCCCCAUCACCACCAUCACAGACUCAGACUUCGAAGACCCAUCCCCCUGGUUCAGAUUUCCACCGUUCGGAAACAUUUUUGCGCCUCUAACAAAACUGUUCUCAAGUUUCGCGGACAUCGGACCGAGGAUCGAGAUAGACGAUGACAAGUUCCGAGUGAUCGUCAACGUUAAGGAGUACAAGAAGGAAGAUUUGAAAGUUAAGGUGAAAGGUGACUUCAUUCUAGUCCAAGGAGCGCAUGAAGCUAAACACGAUGAUCAUGACCUAUUCGCCAGCCAAUUCUUCCACACAUACAGUCUCCCGUUAAACGCCAGUGCAUCAGAUGUCACUGCUACUCUGACUAGCGACGGAUAUUUGGAUGUGAUCGCUCCUAUCAAUGGUGCUGAUGAAAACGAAAAGGCUGCUGAAAGGGAAGUGCCGAUCGUUGAAAGUGGGAAACCAUUGAAGGAAGAGAAAGAGCCCGUCGUUCCAGCUCCAGCUGUGCCAGCUCCAGAAGAGCCAGCUCCAGUUAUUCCAGUGGAAAACGCUGAUAACGUAGCAAAUUUUGAUAAAGUUGAAACAUUCGACACACCGAUAAACACACCGAUAGAGCCCCUUGCUAAGGUUGAAACUGUUGAUAAAGUAGAAAAUGAACCGUCUGCCACUGUUGAUAAGGUCGAUGUGGAACCAACUGCCACUGUUGAGAAGGUUGAAAAUGAUAAACCGAUUGCCCCUGUUGAGACAGUUGAAAAUAUUGAAUCAAUUCCUCCUGCUGACAAGGUCGAAAAUUUUGAAAAAGUCGAGCCACUCCCAGUGACGACACAAGCUGCUGAAGUUGAAGCUGAAAAGGAAGUGACACCUGCGCCCGCGCAGGAAGAGGUACCCGUCCAGGACAUCAAAGUCCCCCAGGAUAACGAACUGAACGAAAUCCAGCCCUAAAGUGAUAUAGAUUUAAGUAUGUAUUUAUAAAACAGUAUUGUAAUAAAUAUUUUUAAUACGAA